UUUCUUACAACUCUGCAACUCUUUUUUCACAAGUGUUUUUCAGCAGUGUUUUUCCUUGACAUUUCCUUCUUAGCUCAGCAUAGUUUUUUCCAUAGUAGAAUUAUAAUUCUACUAUGGUUUUUUCUUCCCUCUUAUUUUCUUAUUUUCAAAAUGAAUUGCUACGAUAAAGCCUUGUAUAAAGUGGUAGACCAAAUGUUGAUAGCCAAGGACUGCGAAUUGGAGGACGGAUUCAUGCGUCAUACGCUGGUGGAACUGUUGCGGAACAAAAUCCGUGAGAUUGGCACUCGCACCAGUAAUGGUUCCAAUCAUGCCGGCCGCCCUGUGCCCAGCUUCUUUGAUCUGGAGCGCACCUUUGGCCAGAUGGGCAUCGCCGCGGCUGACCUCAGGGCCAUGAUUCGUAGUCAGGGACGCAUCCAGCACCCUGUCCAGUGUCCAAAGCCGGAGACACGCGACGAAGACUUCCACAAGGGGCCAGAGCCGAUGCUGACCGAGACCAACACCCGUGAGCUGGCCGGAUGCUCUCACAUCCCUGACAAUUUCCCGCCCUUUCCCGGGGCGCACAGCUACAAGAGCACACUGAUUAAGAAGAGGACGGAGAAGAGCUAUGAGGAGGUGCGCCAAUGCCAUGCCGAGAACCAGCUGAGCGCCCAGCGGGCCCUCAAUGGAUUUUACCUGGGCUGCGAGCCGAAUCUAUCGCUGGCCGGUAGUGCCUUGACGAAGGAAGACAGCUUCAAGGUCCUGGUCUUAGAUCCUCGCCAGAAAGUUGCCUGUGUGGAUGCUCUAAUGCCACGCAGCGAAGUCUUCGAAAAGGAUAUAUACGAGGCCAAGGAUGAGAUAACUCAUGCAGCUCUCAACUCCGCCUUCCUGAUGGAGCCAAAGAUGGAGAGUUCACACCAAUACAACGGAGGCGAGGACGUGGAAAUGUACGAGGUAUACAACGAUGUGGAGCUGGACUCCACGUCCGAGGAGGAUGGCAUUAACUGGUCAGCGUCCGACUGAAAAUGAAUUAAGCUGCUGCACACGAAAUGCUUCCAUUACACAGACCCUCACAGUCCACGAAAAAGUGUGAGAAAAAUAAAUUCAUUUCAAUUACA